UGUAAUAAUAAAUGCCAUACUAACAAUAAUGCAAUAAUUAAACAAUAUGAAUUGAAUAAAUACCACUCCACGUAUAGACUAUUGUGAUUCGAAGAAACCUAAAUAGUCUUGGCAAUUGUUUUAUGACACAAUCAAAAAUCUUCCGAAAGAAGGUUAAUAUCCUUCCCUAACUAAGACAUACAUAUUAACUUGCUCCAACCAUUCAUCUCUCACUCUCCAAAUUCCCACAAAAAUCCCAAAGCAGCCGGAACUCAUAAACACGAUGAACGGAUGGGUCGCGGCCGUCACACACCAAGACUCCGCCAUCCGUCAGUUCUGCGCCGCGCGCAUGGAGGAGCAAGAACAAGGCAGAGAAUGGGAGCACGACGACCUCGGCCUCCACGAGAUAUGGUCGUCUCUCGAUUUCACCAACGACACGCCGCCACUCGAUGUCGACCAAUUCGUCGACACUUUCUUCAACGCCGAAUACUACGACAACGAUCACCUCCAACAACAACAACUUUCAAAUAUAGACGACGAUGGUCGCGUAUACGUGGAAGCAAACACCGCAACAAUGAUGAAUGUCGCCGCCAACGUUAACGGCGUGGAUGAGGGGCUUCAGCUAGUGCAUUUGCUACUCGCGUGCGCCGAGGCAGUCGGCUGCAGAGACGCUCAACUCGCCCACUCCAUACUCAACCAAAUCUGGCCUUGCGUCAACCCAUGGGGCGACUCGCUGCAGCGAGUCUCGCACUGCUUCGCCAUGGGCUUGAAAUCUAGGUUAUCGCUUCUUCAAAAUGUCAAUCCAAACGGCUCCUUUUCUAGCAACAACAUCGAUGCAUCCACGAUCACGAGGGAGGAAAGGAAUGAAGCUUUCGCCUUGCUUCACAAAACGACGCCGUACAUCGCGUUCGGCUUCGUUGCCGCGAACGACGCCAUAUGCCAAGCGGCGAAGGGGGAGGAAUCGCUGCACAUCAUCGAUCUAGGAAUGGAGCAUAAUCUCCAAUGGCCGUCGAUGGUGAAGACGCUGUCGACUCGACCCGAAGGCCCCCCUAAACACGUGCGCAUCACCGGCGUGAUCGGCGAUUUGGACGCGGCGGAGCUAGAAGGCAGCAUGAGGAUACUAUGCAAGGAAGCUGCAGCAGUCGGCAUUUCUUUGGAGUAUAGUUUUGUGAGGGAGCAAGUGUCGGCAUCGACGCUCACUCGAGAAAAGCUCGGGAUGGAGGAGGCGGCGGUGUUCGUGAACAGCGUAAUGCAGCUGCACAGGCACGUGAGGGAGAGCAGAGGAUCAUUGAAGAAGAUUCUCCAAUCGAUCAAGAAAUUAGGUCCGAAGGUGGUGACGGUGGUGGAGCAGGACGCUAACCACAACGGGCCUUUUUUUCUGGGGAGAUUCUUGGAGUCGCUGCACUACUACUCCGCCGUGUUCGACUCGCUAGAUUCGAGCCUGCCGAGGGGAAGCGGCGAGCGAAUGAAGAUAGAGAGGUGGCAUCUGGCGGAGGAGAUCUGCAACGUGGUGGCGUGCGAGGGGGACGAUCGGGUGGAGCGGCAUGAGAGGGCGGAUCAGUGGCGGCGGCAGUUGGGGCGGGCGGGGUUUCAGGUGAUGAGGUUGAAAUGUUUGGAUGAAGCCAAGGCGGUGGUGAGUGGGUAUGGGUGUGAUGGGUACACGGUGGCGUGUGAGAAGGGCUGCCUUCAGCUUGGCUGGAAAGGGAGGCCAAUCAUGCUGGCUUCCGCCUGGCACCUAAACAAUCUGCCUUCUUCUUCUUCUUCUUCAAAUUUAAUUUGAUUUUAUUUUGUUUUUUUUUUUUUCCUUUUUUGUUUCCGUAGAUAUAAAUUAUACGGUCGACUUCAAUACUUUUUUCUGUUACAUGAUUUUUCAUUUUUUUUAAUUAUCUUGUGCUAUAAAGUUAAUGCAUGUUCCAAGAUAAUAUUGGAAUUGAAUUUGUAUUUUAUUAGAUAUAUAUAGUACUCAUUUUUCGUAGGCUC